AUGGCGCAAACCGCGACGGAAGAAGCAACAAACCUUCUAAACCGCCUCUCCCAAAAGCCCGGCGUCCAGAGCGUCCUCAUCUUAUCACGCGAAACCGGCGCCAUAAUUCGUUCAUCUGGGCUGCCGUCUUCUACUACCAAUUCGAACCCUAACAGUGCUCUCCCUCCAUCCAUUUCUGCAGACCAAAUAAACGGCAACCAAACGUCUAGUUCUGUGGGCAUUGAUACCGGUCUCGUCAACCGCGGAUCAGAUGAGCGAAACGGAUUGCCUGCUCGGCCGAGGUCAAGUCACGCGUCAGCGGGGGUAAUGUCCGCCGAAGAAGUAGCGCGCAAAGUCUGGAGUUUUCUGAGCGCCGCAGGUGGACUGGCAAGGGACUUAUUGAUACAUAAUGAGGGCGACGGAGAGCAGGACCGUGAUUCAACAAUCAAUGGCUAUGUGCGGGGGCAGUCUGAGCAGCGAGGAGCAGCUUUGGAUGAUGUGAAAUUGUUGAGAUUACGGACGAAGAAUAAUGAAAUUGUCAUAAUUCCUGACAAGAAAUUCCUCCUAGUCGUCAUCCAUGCUACUCCAACAGCGUAA